AUGUCUACUGAAAAGAAAGUCCAAGAACAAGAAGCUGUCCUCAAGAUCAGAAUCACUUUGGUUUCCACCAAAGUCAAGCAAUUGGAAAAGGUUUCCAACAACAUCAUCUUGAACGCUACCAGACACAACUUGGUCAAGAAGGGUCCAGUUAGAUUGCCAACUAAGGUCCUUACCAUCAACACCAGAAAGACUCCAAAUGGUGAAGGUUCUAAGACUUGGGAUCACUACGAAUUGAGAAUCCACAAGCGUGUCAUUGACUUGCACGCCCCAGCUAACAUUGUUAGAAAGAUCACCCAAAUCACCAUUGAACCAGGUGUGGAUGUCGAAGUCACUGUUGCUGCUUAA